CAUACAAAAGCUCUACAAGCGCCACCAGUAGAGGAAAAAAGCCCUAAAUUGUAAUGCCCUGUGAAUUGGACUGCAUGACUGUACCAAACAUCUAGCAACUCUGCACGACACGUAGAUUUAUAUUCAUCAUCGUCCACUUACUCACAUACAUACUUGUUAGUAUCCAAGUUUAGUGCACCGUUUUUAUUUGAAACCUGACUACUCUUGAUAUUACGAUAAUCGAAUCGAUAGUCAUUGAUUUCUAAUAAUUAUUAGGUAUUCUUUGAUAAAUAUAAGCUACAAUUGAUCAACAAGGGUUGUGACGAAAAUAUAUAAAAUAAUGGCAGAUGCAUCAGCAAAAUGUGUUAAAGGUGAUGAAGAGUUAGAAGUUGACACCAAUUAUAAACCACCACCAGAAAAAACGAUCGAUCAAAUUCUUGAAACUGAUAAAGAAGAUGAAAGUCUAAGAAAAUAUAAAGAAACAUUAUUGGGUGAAGCUAAAUCGGGAGGAAUCAUUGUUGAGCCUGAUGAUCCAAGAAAAGUCAUUGUGAAGAAACUAGCACUUUGUGUUCCCGGACGUCCUGACAUGGAACUUGAUUUAACUAGUGACAUAUCUUAUCUUAAAAAGCAAACAUUCGUUAUCAAGGAAGGCGUGAGUUAUCGAAUCCGCAUUGAUUUUAUUGUACAACGUGAAAUUGUACAUGGUUUAAAAUAUGUGCAAAAAACCUAUCGGCUUGUUGUUCCCGUUGAUAAAAUGACGCACAUGGUUGGUAGUUAUCCACCUAAAACUGAAAUUCAAUCAUACACAACACCAGCUGAAGAUGCUCCUGCUGGUACAAUGGCACGUGGUUCUUACACUGUCUGCUCUUUAUUUACUGAUGAUGACAAGCAUGAGCAUCUAAAAUGGGAAUGGUCCUUCGAUAUAAAAAAGGAUUGGAAAGAUUAAAAAAACCAAAAAACAAUAAAUCAAAAACAAAAUAAAUAAAAAAAGUCAUAAAUUUUCAUUACCUUAAA